AUGACAGAGGAGCAGCUGCGACAACUUUGCUUUGGAGUCUAUCAAAUUAAACAAGCGAGAACGUAUUCAGAAGCACAUUUGAAUAAGAAUGACGGGGAUUACGAAGUCGAACUAACAAAAGAAAAUGAAACACUAAUCCGAUGUAAAAUAGAUUCUCGUCAUUCUAAUUCCACUCAAUAUUAUUGUUGGAUUGAGUUCGCAAUGGAUGAAAUUGUAACUAGCGGGUCCGACAGUGACAAUGAUGACGACACAUUAGUGGAAAAGUUCCACGAGAAACAACCAAUCAAAUCAUGGUACUGCCAGUGUCCCGCUGGUGAACAGACUUGUGGGUGCUGUGUCCAUGUGACUUGCGUUUUAUGGUUUUUAGGCUACGCUCGACAUCAUCAGUUUACACCAUCAGCAUACAAGCAACGAUAUCGUGAGACACUUGUCGGAAUGGACACUAGCUGA